GUGCGUCGCCUAUACAACUGGAGGAAGAAGAAGAACAUAAGUAAAAGUAGGCUGUUGUUGACUAUUUACGACUAACGUUACCACAUCCAAAUCGAGUCGAUAACAUUUCGGAAUAUGUUGCACCUGUAUUCCGGUAUCAAAUGCAUUAUGGAAAUCGUUGUCACGACCACGUUAAGCGAGAUGAAGAAAAUAAUCGAGCACUCGAAUGGAACCCUACAGGCGCCAGAAACUGAAACGUGUAACGUUAAUGUUAAGGCGAAAUCACCGAAUAACCUUAUUUUGAGGUAGAGCAACUGACUGAGGUUGUGAUAAAGGAAGAAGGGUUUAAGGACAAUCCAGAAGAGGCUGAUACUGAUGGAGCACAUGAAAAACUGCUCUCCAUCUUGUCACCAGUCAUAUCCUCAGAGAGACCAAAUGUAGUCACUGAAAAAAAUGAGACAGAGGUUAUACCAAGUGACUGGCUGAGCAUCGAUGAAGAAUGGGAAGAAUAUAUAACUGAAUGGGUGGCUGAGUAUGAUUCCUAUGAAAAAGCCCGAAGGAAGCUCGUGAAGUUCUGCAAAGGCAAUGGUUUGGAGUCAACAGACGAGGACAGUGUGUGGAAAAGAGUGUCUACAUCAGCCCCUUCAUCUGCAGCCUCAGGAAGACCUCCAGUUCAGGCCUCAACAAGUAGGCUCCACACAGAGACAGGAAAGACCAAAAAAAAAAUUCUGCAAUAAUGGAGCCAAAAGCCAGACCUUGCCAGCCAUACCACCAUUUCCAUUUCCACCAUCAACACCAGAGACAGUCCCAGAUCUAAGACAAGAUGAAAGAGAACUCCGACUCUUUCAGAUGCUAGAGGAGAUAAAAGGCCAAGUCAGACAAAAUUCUCUUCUGCUUCAGGCAAUUUUGAGAAGAGAGAGUGUCACUGAAGUCAGCAGUUUUCCAGAUUUUGAGUUUCCUUUACAAAAUAUUAAUGAUAUAAAAAAAAAUGGAGGACCGGCUUUCUGGCUUUCAAGGAAACACGACGCUCUCUGCUAAGUUCUGUUUAUGUUGUGUAAAACAUCUCAUGAGUUUGGGUGGGACAACAACAAAAGAUAUAAUCUACAGGAUCAUGCGUGAAACAAUCAGCAAUGAUUUAGCGAAAAAGUUUAACUGGAUGGGCAGGGGGCAGAAAAGUCCUUUCUCUGUGUUGAACCUGGCAAAGGUCAUCAUAGGGGCCACCUUAAUGGAGGCAGAAGAAAAGAUAAAAACAUGGCUAAAAUACAGCGGUGACCGAAAUGGAGGAAGAAAAAGGAGAUCAGAAAAGGAGAGGCAGACGCAUCCCCCAUCACAUCCUCCAUCUGACAUCAGCAGUGAAUCCGAGGUGUCUGAAAUAUCUGACAUUGAGCAGAACUGAUUGAUGACCCAUCAACCCUUGAGGAUCUCACCACAUAAAUGUUUAUUAUUAAAUCAAUAUGUAUUAUUAAAUGUAUUUAUUUUAACCCUUAAUCUCGUGUUGGUA